GUCUGGGCCGGCACCCGCCAAACCCAAGUGCAAUCAGAGGCGGUCUUGUGGCUGGAAUGCUGCUGGCCCUGCCGCCGGGCUUCCUCACUUCGGCCUCAGCUUGCCCGCCAUCUUCAGCUCUUCCAUCUAUCCAUCCGCCUCAAGCACCUCGCUGCAACACACCUCGCCGCGCCGCACCGCACCCAUGAACGAUCUCUCCCAGCUUGGAGGCAAGGUCCGAAAGUCGGCCUCGCCGACCACGACCACGCCAAAGCUCCAUCGAUUUACGGGGCCGUCUAGAGGCCGAAUGCCCUGGUUCGGCAAACACGGCAAGCCUGUCGAGCCCUUCAUCAUCGGCAUCGGCGGCGGUAGCGCCAGCGGCAAGACGAGCGUCGCGGCCCGCAUCAUCAAGGAGAUGGGAGUGCCCUGGGUGGUGCUGCUCUCGAUGGACUCGUUCUACAAGCCCCUCACGCCCGAGCAGAUCGAGGCAUCCCAUCGCAACGAAUACAAUUUUGAUCAUCCGACGUCCUUCGAUUAUGAAUCGUUGUUCAAUGUGCUCGACUGCCUCAAGCGCGGCGUCAAGUGCAACGUGCCCAUCUACGAUUUCAAGACCCAUUCCAGGCUCCCGCAAACCAAGACCGUGUACGGAGCCAAUGUGGUCAUAUUCGAGGGCAUCUUUGCUCUCUACGACAGGAGCGUCCGCGAGCUCAUGGACCUCAAGCUCUUUGUCGAUACAGACGCCGAUAUUCGCUUGGCGCGACGAUUGAAACGAGAUGUUGCCGAGCGUGCCCGAGACAUCCGUGGUGUCCUCAGCCAGUACAUGAAGUUCGUCAAGCCCGCCUUUGAAGAGUACAUAUAUCCAACCAUGAAAUACGCAGACAUUAUUAUCCCGCGAGGGCUUGAUAACACCGCGGCAAUCGACGUGAUCGUCAAACAUGUGAUGAGGCGACUAAGCGAGCGUGGCCUCUCUCUGAGACACGAGUUGGCCAACAUUGACUGCUCGAAGGGCCUGCCCCAGUCGCUGAUUGUGCUGGAGUCGACUCCCGAGCUCAAGGCGAUUCACACCAUCAUCCGUGACGAGACCACAAACCGAAACGAUCUGAUAUUCUUCUCCGAGCGAAUCUCGAGGCUGCUCAUCGAAAGAGCGCUGGCUGAAUUGCCUGCUGAGGAUAUUACCGUCACCACUCCAACGGGACACACGUACAAGGGCACCAAACUGACCACCAAGGUGUGCGGCGUUUCCAUCAUCCGUGCUGGAAGCACAAUGGAGAACAGCCUGCGACAGGUGGUCAAGGACAUUCCUCUGGGCAAGGUCUUGAUCCAGACCGAUCCGUCGACGGGCGAACCGCAGCUCCACUUUUGCAAGCUUCCAGACGACAUCACCGAGCGAACUGUCCUUGUCACCGAUGCGACGAUCGCCACAGGCGCAGCCGCGCUGAUGGCCAUCCGUGUACUGCUGGAUCACAACGUGCCUGAGGAGCAGAUCAUUUUCAUGUCGCUGAUCACGGCGCCGCAGGGUGUGAUUGCCAUCCACCAAGCAUUCCCCAAGGUCAAGGUGGUCGUCAGCGAGGUGGACCAGGGUCUCACCGAGGACUACUACAUUGAGCCUGGAUGCGGCAACUUUGCUGAUCGAUAUUUUGGAACCUCUAGCGACUAGACACCAUGAUAGGUCUCCCCACAGGCAAAUGCCAAUGAUUGAGAUACAGGAUUAUGUUGGCGUAAGGAAAACCUGAUGCCGAUUCCUUCGUUUAUCCUUCGACAACAACUCGCGCUGUGCAGUAGUAGCCUGAAACGAGCCGUCCCGAAAACAGCUAGUUGACACGGGUGGCUGUGGAGACGCCCUAUGAUCAUAUAUACGAUUGCGCUCAAAUACUCGAGUGGAUUGAGAUGUCGUAUCACCACUCGGUCUGUUGCGUCAGCUUGUGCUUCGGUGUGCUUGAGGUUGGAGGGUUGUUCUUAUCAGAGGGUGCUGUCUGGAGCAAAUGGCUGCGAUCCUUUGUCAGCCCUGUGAUUCAUAUGGUCAACGUCCCAUCGAAUCAACUCCCGUAUGUGGCUCUGCACC